UAAUAUAUGACUGUAUGUAUGUCAAAGUAACGCAAUAAUCAUCAAAUUAUUUAUUCUCAAAGUUUUGUGAACAGUUUUUACUUUAACCGUGUGUAUGCAAAGCGUUAAAGUAACUGAACGCAUUUUUAUCAAAAAUUAUUUAUUUAGAAAACGUCGUAGAAGAGAGAACGACAACAAAUUGCUAGUAGUUAGACGAUCUUUCGAGAAAAGUGAAAUUUAUAUAGCAAUGCAAGCGAAGGUUAUACUCGGACAAUAACAGAGGGGACAACAUUUAAGCGUCUUUUUAUUGUUGUUUACAAUUAUAUUUUCCUUUAAUGUUUUAACACAUUUAUAUCAUCUGACAUUAUUGAUAUAACCUUACAAAUAACUUGUGAAGGUUAGCGUCUCUGUGAAACGAAGUGGAAGAUAAAUUCAGAUUUCCUAUUGUUCUUCUUUAUAAUUUUUAAUCUUCAAGAUUAUUUUCCAAUAAUAAUUUUAAUUCAAGCUCAUAUUUUGUAUACGUCAUCGCUAUAAAAUUAAACUCGGAACAUAAAAAUUAAAAUUUUUCACUUUGUUAUUCCAAAUGACAAAUGCAAUGGGAGGUACACAUCUGCAUACUCCACCAUCGAUAUUUCAACACAUGAUAAUACAACAAGGUACUUCUCAGCAAGUAGGUUCUUGGACACAAAUGCCCCAAGUAUUACCUUUAUCUAUACCUUGGAGUGUACCAUCGGUACAACAAUCUGAAUUGAUCAGAUUUACCGGUGAACAAAAUGUUACAUCUAACCUACAUCAGAAAAGAAAAUUAGAGACUCCAGAUUUACUUGACAUCAGAAAGACAAAACAAUUAAUAACCGAAGAAAAAAUGGCUGCACAUUUUCAAGAUUUACAUAUCAGUUCUACUUAUCAUUCGCAAGAUCCUGUACCAUCUACAUCAACAGCAAAUACUCCACUUGAAAAAUCCAAUGUAGGGAUGGAUAUGGAAACUGCUAAUGUCGUUGAUACUGAUAAUUUAAAGAGUCCAAGAUUAAUUUUAUCCGAGGAAUUGAAACGAAUACAGCAAGAAUCCAUUCUUCCAUCGACUCUUCUAUCCAAAUUGGAGAGGCCCUCCAUGGCAUUAGUUCUUUGGGAACCACCAAGUAAACAUCUUCGUAUUUUACCUACAAGAGAUACUCCAACGCCAGUUCCAAAUACGUCAGAUGACAAUAAUAAUAACAACAACAACAAUAAUAAUAGCGAUGGUAUACCUGAUUUAAAUCAAACAAGUUCAUUUGAACCAAUGGAAUUAUGAAAAAUAUAUUUAAAUAUUUCUAAAUUUUGAACAAACUAAUGCAUCAGAGCAUAUUUUUAGCUCUGUAAAAAAUUUUAAUUAAGGUUCAUUGUUGAACUUGACUAUAUGCGAUUAAUUGCUCUUGUUUAAAUAAACAAAAGAGUGUAUGUUUAUACAAUAAGAUAAUUUGAGUUUCAACUACAUCGUUGAUUACUUAUUGUGAUAAAAUAAGUGAUGCAGUUACAUGACUAGCAUUAUUUUUUUUUAUCUUUGUCUCUUUGGUUCUUAUUAUCUCAUUUUCUACACACCUUUUAUAAUUACAUAUACACGCGCAUAUUAUGGUUAAUAGUUCAUAUUCAUUUAAGAGUUUUGCAUAAAUUUUUGAAAUGAAAAAAUCGAAGUAUGAUAUGGUCUGUUUCAUCUUAACAAACGCAGUAAACAUAUCUCUUAAUACAUAGUUCCUUUGAAAAUAAAUACCAUUUGUUUGUUCCUUGCUUAUUAAUUAAUUUCCAUGCAAUUACAGAUAUAAUAAAACCAAGUUGAACGUUAGAUAAAAUACGCGAUAGAAUUUUAUGUUAGUCAUUCAUACAUUAUAGAUAUUCAGCUCUAUCAUAUUGUAUUCUUUGUCUUAAUUUUAUUACAUCUAUCAUAUUAUACAAUAUUUUAAUAGUAUUCCUAUAUGCAAAUAUUAGUGAUAAAAUAAAUAAGUUAAAAAAAGUGUGAUCUCUUGAUUCAAAUUUGUUGACUUAAUUUGCCAUACAGGAUAAAUAAAAAGUUGUGUGAGCGUGUGCAAAUAUAUAUAUAUAUAUAUACAAUAUAUAUAUAUAUAUAUAUAUAUAUAAUACAUAUUAGUUAUAUACUAUAAUAAAAGUAUAACGGCGGCUACUUAUAAGAGGAAGUAAAAUAAUGUAAUAGAAUAAAGAAUAUAUCAAUUUAUUUGCA